AUCGUGAAGCGCCGGGUGACUCAGCCGCGUGGCCGCGCCGGCCGGGGCGGGGGGCGCGCGCUGCUGUGCGGCACGGUGACUCCCGGGCGGGUUCGGGCGGAGCGCGGCGGCGGCGACCGCGGCGGGGAGCGGCGACGAGAUCUCUCUGUGAUUGAGCACACAGCUCAGGAUCCAGGGUCCGAGAAUGAAUGUUCACCGUGCCAGUGACAGCGACAGGUUAUCGCGGCCCGAGGCCAGCUGUGUAGUGGAUGAUACCUUAGCUGUGGCUCAAGAAAAAGAAACAGCCAGCCUGGCUUCACCUGGCCUUCAUACCUUCACUUACGCCCUGGGCGCCAGGAGCGAAGAUCUUCCUCUUGACUGUGCCUCUCUGCCGGCGAAUCUUCAGUUCCCUCACAUGAUGCCACUCUCCGAGGAUGUCAAAGGCUCUUGCUUCCAAAGUGGGAAUAAACGAAACCAUGAACCCUUUAUUGCUUCAGAAAGAUUUGGGAAUAGCAGCAUGGGCUUUGGUGGUACCUCUCAUUCCCAAGCACCAGAGAAAGUGACCCUUCUGGUGGACGGCACACGGUUUGUCGUGAAUCCACAGAUCUUCACGGCUCACCCGGACACCAUGCUGGGAAGGAUGUUCGGGCCAGGACGAGAGUACAACUUCACCCGGCCCAACGAGAAGGGAGAGUACGAGAUUGCCGAGGGGAUCAGCGCCACCGUGUUCCGCACGGUGCUGGAUUAUUACAAAACUGGCAUCAUCAAUUGUCCGGACGGCAUCUCUAUCCCAGACCUUCGAGAUACGUGUGAUUAUCUCUGCAUUAACUUUGACUUCAACACUAUCCGAUGUCAGGAUCUGAGUGCUUUGCUGCACGAACUGUCUAACGACGGUGCUCACAAGCAGUUUGAUCACUACCUCGAAGAGCUGAUCUUGCCCAUCAUGGUGGGCUGCGCCAAGAAGGGGGAGCGCGAGUGCCACAUCGUCGUGCUGACCGAUGAAGACUCUGUGGACUGGGACGAAGACCACCCUCCACCCAUGGGAGAGGAGUACUCCCAAAUUCUUUAUAGCUCCAAGCUCUACAGAUUUUUCAAAUAUAUUGAGAAUCGAGAUGUCGCUAAAACAGUGUUAAAGGAGCGGGGCUUGAAAAACAUUCGCAUUGGGAUCGAAGGUUACCCUACCUGUAAGGAGAAAAUCAAGAGACGACCUGGUGGCCGCUCUGAAGUCAUCUAUAAUUACGUGCAGCGUCCCUUUAUCCAGAUGUCCUGGGAAAAGGAGGAAGGGAAGAGCCGCCACGUGGAUUUCCAGUGCGUCCGCAGCAAGUCCCUCACCAACCUGGUGGCUGCUGGCGAGGACGUCUCAGAGGACCAGGAGCUGCUCAUGCACCACCCACCGCAAGUGGAUGAGCUGGACAGGCUCAAUGCCCCCCUCGCUCAGGGGGCGCCUGGUGACUUUCAAGACUAGGCCCACCCCUUGCCAGAGUGCUGCUGUGUGCGACGCCCACCCCGAGCUGUGUCACCCUGACACACGUCUCCCCUACUUUUGGCCUUCCCAUGACUGUGUGUCCUUUUUGGUAAGUCUGCGCCUCUGGCGCGGGCAGAGGAGCACUCUGGUGGUGAGGCUGCCAGCUCUGCAGCUGCCCUGGUAACCUGAAGUUUUGGGGGGUCUGGUGCUGUUCACUGAGCCUGCGUAACUGCAAGAGUAUGAGAGGAAGCCGAGAUGCCUGUGCCUACGAGUUAGCAAAGCAGGGCGCGUCUCCCCUCUGCUCUGUGGUUUUGUUUGUUGUGUCUUGUGUCAGGCCAGUGCACAGUAAGCGGCAAGGGACCAAACAUAGGAGACAAUCAGUCCUCAGAGACAGCCCUGAGAUGCUCACAGGAUGUGACUGAAAUGCCAGUCCUGGGGUCUAUACCCUGACUGCAGCUGCAAAGCACAAGCUCAUUCAAAAUCACUGCAAGAAAUUCUUAGAGCUGAAAUUGUUUCCUCAUUAGUGAACGAUCCAAAACCACCCAAGUUCUUUGGCAGGAAGAGUGACUUCUGAAACCUGUUUAGCUUCAAGGUUUAUGAACUCAGGCUGCUGGCUGACUGGGAAAGAGACUCGAGCAGAGCAGGCCAGCUGCUUUCAGGCUGGGCCACCGGGGACCCUCAGCACAACGUCGCGGGGUGGCAGGAAGGCCAGGGGUGCAGGUUAAAGGCUGGUGAGGGAGGAGAGGCCUUAGCAGCGCUCAGAGUCUUAGAUGUAAUGAAUGGGGAGAAGGCGCUUGGAGCACAGCCAGAUGGGAAACGUCCCCAGAGACUGGCCCAGUGCAGGCCAGGGAGUUAGGGCAGAUAGCGCAUUUCGGUGUUUAAGACACCCCAGUCCGUGCUCACACUCGGGGUAAGGACAUGACGCCGAGGUCCCCACAGGAAGGGCAAGGGGAAGGCAGGUCAGGCCCAGGCCUCGCCACCUAGUUGUUUUUUUUUUUGUUUUUUUUUGUCUUUUUCCUUUUUAUCGGUACUGGGGAUCGAACUCACGACCGCCUGCUUGCAAGGCAGGUGCUAAUGCCGCUGAGCUAAACCCCCAGCCCCUGCCACCUAGUUUUCGGUUAGCUCUGUUAACACAGCAUGUUGGGUGACAGUCCAGCUCGGUCUCUCCGAUGCCACCUUCCUCUGACAUCUCUGUGGAGUUAGCAGCAGGGCUAAAUUUAGAGUCUAAAAGCCAGACAGGUAUCUGCGAAUUAUCUCCCACUUUCUGGUCAAAGUUGCUGACCACGGCAUUGACCCAUCGUGGAUUGUGAAUGGGAGAGUGGUUUCCUUCUAAUGUGAGAACAGGACUGGCUUUCUAAAUUCCUUUCCUGUAAGAUGCUAUACGGCAAGCUAGAUUCCUCCAACAUCAAAGUCAGGUAUUGAAAACCCUUUUCCUGGCUUGAGGAAUAAGAAUUUUUUUGGCCUCAAACUCAUGGCCAUCUUUCUGCCUCCACCUCCCAAGUGUAGGGAUCACAGGCCUGCACACUGUGUUGUGCGUGCUUGUAGCCAGCCAUCGCAGGGGGCGUCGGGGUUCUAUUCCUUACCAGGAAGGAAGCAGUCAGCAGCUGAACAGCCGUCUACUCCCAGAGCACUGAUGGCCAUUGGUUUCUGUGGGGAAAUGGCUGGGGAAGGGUUAGGGUUAUUUGUAGCCAAGAGGCUUCUGUUGAGGUCAGAGGUAGCCUUGGCCUUGCCAGCACCACAUCUGUACCCACCAGCCGCUGACCUGCCUGGCGGUCCAUACGGUGCUUCCUUGGCGAUCCUCAGUGGCUUCUGUGCCGCUGAAAAGGAAGUUGGAAUUGUCUGUGUUGGCAAUGUAACUUCUCGUUAAAGGGUAAACCUGCCGUAGCCAACACUUAAUUAGUUCUUCCUUAGCUACAGAGUUAAGGAAUAGGGCAUAUACUUGACACUGUGCUCGUGUAAUUGAUUAUUUUCCUCCAGCUUUUACUAGGCAUCUUCCUCACCCUCUUAAUUCUAAGCUAACGUGCAUUUUGACCCCAGCCAGUGGGUCUGAGGAUGUGCGGACUGUGAAGGUUAUCUGCGGUGUCAUCAGCGGUGGUGACUGCCUGAAAAGGGACCACAGUUCCUUCCGGUGGAGUGUUCUUCUAUGAGCCUCCCCGGCCACACACCCCCCGCCUGGACCUCAAUGUCAUUUAGUGGCCAGGCAGUCCUGGCAGCGGGAGUGAGGGCCAGGUGGCCAUCAUCCCCUUCAGAGUUGUUACUAGUCAGAUGGGUACAUGUGGAACUUGGUCUGGUGACUUUUCUAAGUGCCUAAAUCAGUGAGUCAGGCUGGGUAUACAUUUUCCUAAGAAAAUGGUUUCUCCAGAGUGUCUUAGAGCGUUUCAGCAGCCAAGAUGCCCUGACUUGAGGUUCGGAACCUCGAGUUUGUGCCUGCAUCGCACCUUACAUAGCUGGUUGGGAAACGAGGCGUUGCGGGAGCCAGGGGGCGGCAGAGCUGCUCACUUUAUGCCAUGGUUUCUCUGAAGUGGAGGAAAAGCUGGAAUAGAGCAAAAAGAAGGGAGAUAGAAGGAGCCAGGUUUUCUGCACAAUAUAAUAACUGAGUUAUUUAAACUCAGUGCUGAGGACAAGGGAGUUAUCUAACGCGUACAGGUCUGGGACAGGACCACCAAUCAAGCCCGGUAAAGAUGGGCAUCUUUUUAGGGUUCCAAAGGCUCGGUCUUGAAUACUCAGAGCGCAGGCUUUAACUCAGACCUCGUCACCAAGGGUCCUGUGAGGUCUUUCUAAAGUCCAGCGUUUUCAGUCAGGAUCCAGUGCCGCUUCUUGCCAUCCCUCGGAAUGCUUAAUGGAUGUAGCUCAGAAUGUACGCGGAGGCCUUGGUGGGGCCAGAGUGCACCGUGUCCGAUGGGAUCGCCCUCGCAGGGGCACAGUUGCGUCUUCUCCUAAAGGCAAAGGCUUGUAGGCGAUGCCUCUUUACCUUGUACUUACUUUUAAAGUUGCACUUGUUCACCUACCAGUGUUUACGAAAUCCUACACUUGGGAUGCUUUUUUCUAUAAUAAACGCUAUCAUUUGUG